AACAAUUAAUCUAAUAAUGUACUGAUGACUCGAUAUUUGCACAUGUUUUCCCCUUUGUUUCUUGAUCGUUUGAGCUUUAAUUAUCGCGUUUUUGGCCUAUUUUAUGCUAGGUUGUGUUCUUUUGUCACAUUUCAGGUCCUAGCACAUAAAGUGAAGCAUAGGCGCAAGUUUCAAGUCAAUCAGAGAUCAAUUGGCGAUUAGGAAGAAGAAACUCGGACAUGAACAAAAGAAGAAUGCAUUUCUACCUCAUUUUAUGGACAAAUAAUCAUGCAAGCUUGUCAUGAAAAGAAAGAGGACAAGAAUAUGAGCGUCUGGGAUCAAACGGUGACUGAUUCGGAGUCCGGACGAGGGAGAAACGAAGCAUUGAAUAUAGGGGAACAAGUUCGGCAGUAAAAACACGGGUGCGCCUAAAGAAAAACACGGCCGUGUCCAUAUUUAGGCACGACCGUGUUUUGGCCGACGAGGGCUGCUGGGGGCAAAACACGGGCGGGCAAAAGUAAAACACGGCCGUGUCCUCGACCGUGUUUUGCCCAGAAUCGGAUUUUUUAGGCAGAUUGAAGCCAAAGGAAAGGGAGAGCUGGGUUUUGGAUCCCAAACACCCUAGGGACGAACCAAAGAGAGAGAGGGCGAUUUGAGGGCAUUCUUGGAGUGGAACUGGAGGAUUUCUUCGCCUUGGAAGCUCGAGGAGCAAGCCCGGACUUGAAGACUGAUCAUCUGAAGAUUCUUACUGCAGUCUCUCUCUUCUCUAUAGAGUAACUUCCCUUCACUUAGGUUUUGAGGAACCCUAGCUAUGUUUGUUUGAUUUGAUUAUUGUAUGAGUACUCUGACUUGAUAAUCUUGAGUUCAUAUUCAAUCUAUGCAUAUUUUCAUGAUUCAAUUCUGCUUUAGUCGAGAUUAUUGAUUAUGCUUUGAUCCUAUGAGAGCGAAUACCUGAUUAGGUCAAUAGAGCACCAUAGAUUGAUAGUAGUGGAUCGAUUGCUUUAGUCGAGGGUUGGUUCACUGCUUUGUAUCGAUUGAGAACCCCUUUCGAUAGAGGGAGUCUAGUUCAAAACGCCUUGAUCGGUUGUUCUAGAGAAGGAUACGUCCCUCUAGGCAAUUGACUCAAGAGGGCCUUGUUCCUUUAGUCGAGACUCAAGGUCUAGUCAAGGAUUCUCCACAUUGUGAAUGAAAGUGAAACAAGUUAGAAAUCAUCAAUCGUUAGUUUGGCUAGUGGCUAGGGGGAAUCAUACCUAAGUGAGUUCCCAACCUGUAAUUAGAUUAACUUUAACUUUAGUUUCCUAGAGUAGUUUUAGUUCUUCCUUAUUAAUCUGGUUUGCUAAAUAAUGAACUAAAGCUGAGUAAUAGUAACUCUAGAGACCCGUGGAUUCGAUAUUUACUUGAGCCACUAUACUGCAGUCCCUUCCAUUGGUUACACUUGGCCAUUGUUAGGAGUUGUGUCAAAGGGAGUCAAGUUUUUGGCGUCGUUGCCGGGGACGGCUAGGUUGUUGAAGAAACGUGAAUUCUGUUAAUUUAGCUUUUCUUUUCGCAUUGUUUGUUUUGUCACACUUGUUUGACUGUGUGCAGGUAGUGCAUGACCCGUAGCCAAUCGGGAGGUUUACUGUCGUUGAAUCCGGAGCUUGAACGCACCUGUCGCCAACUCAGGAGACAACAGCGAGCUAGACUGGCUACGGAGGAGCGCAUAGACGGCCAUUUGAGCAGCGAGUCCGUGGACGAGUACGAGAUGGAAGGAGAUCGCAAUCCACACCAAGGGAAUCCUCACCAGGUUCCCCUGGCGAAUCAGAUCUUGGGGAACAACCCCAUACUCCAGGCAGAUGGGGUUCAUCAUCAUCCACCACCGUCGGGUCCCACCUUGGAGUACUACUACACUCCACGGAUUGCUGACAUCCGCCCUGUCAUCCUCUAUCCACCCAUUCUAGCGAACAACUUUGAGAUCAAUCCAUGCUGGAUUCAACUCAUUACAUCCUCUAUCCAGUUCCAUGGCUUGAAGGAUGAGGAGGCGAGGGUGCAUCUUUCCCGUUUUCUGCAGCUGACGAGCGGGUUCAAGCUAAACGGUGUCCCUAAUGACGCAAUCCGCCUUCAUCUCUUCCCCCAUUCUCUGGCGGGGAAUGCUAAGAGGUGGUUGGAGAUCCAUCCCCCAUUGUCCAUCACUUCUUGGGACGAUUUGGCCAACAAGUUCGUGCACAGGUACUAUCUGGCAUCGAAGACCACAGAGAUCCAGCGGGAGAUCACUCACUUCCGCCAAGAGCCAGACGAGUCACUUCGUGAUGCAUGGGAGCGGUACAUGGGAUUUUUCUGGCAGUGUCCCCAUCAUGGCUUCAGUGAUGCAUUCACCGUGGGGAACUUCUACAAUGCUCUCUCUCCGGACAGGCAGAGGGUGAUUGAGUCUCUAUGCCCAGGAGGGGAUAUUCUUACUAAGACCCCACCCGAACUGAACCAGAUGAUCAGUACACUGGCUGCUAGAGAUCAUUCCUGGGGGCAGGGAACCAGAGGCAGGAAUUCCAGGGACCGUGGUGUGCACGCCAUGGAGGCCAGGUCCGGGCUCGAGUAGCAGGUGGCCGAGUUGGUGCAGACAUUGAAGCAGCCCAACAGUCUUAUUCCGGGCAGAGGUUUGGCUACACCUCCAGUAGCUCAAUGUCAGUGGUGUGAGAGCUCAAAUCAUCUGGUGGAAGACUGUCAGGCUAUGCGGGAGUCAACUACUCCCCAAGAGCAGUUGGACUUCAUCGCCAAUGCUCGGCGCUUUGACCCCUACAGCAAUACAUACAAUGAGUGAUG